AUGGUUUCAGACGAAACGGACGACAUCUCACACGACGAACAUGUUUCAGAUAAUUCAGAACAAACAACAGAUCUUCAACAAGUCACCGACGAAACUACAUUUAUUCCCGUUGAGUUUGACGAUAACAUCAAACGUAAGUAUGGUGAUAUUAUCCGUAAAACGGAUGCUAUUGACCUCACUGAUCGUGAUGAAGAGUUUGUUGUUUCAUAUUUCGUUAACAUCUUCAAGAAACACAUUAUUUUAGAGUUUAUUGUCACUAACACGAUUGAAGACAAAGUAUAUAAUGACUUGUCUAUCAGAUUGAGUGACAUCGAUGUUUUAGAUGACUCAAAUGAAUACGUUGCCAAACAAGUUGGUUAUCAACAAACAGUCUCCACAUGUUUAGUCCUUGAACGUAGUCAAAGUCAUCUUUGUUUCGGCACAUUCAGUGCUAAACUCGAAUACACGGAUUCCGAUGUUGGCUCGGAAGAUGAGUACAAUUUGGGGGAUGUUUAUUUAGGUCCCGAAUUUUGGUGCGAGCCUAUCUCAGUUGAUUUCGAGCGUGAAUGGGAUAACGAACAAUAUAUUAAAUGCACAAAAGCAUUUGUUAUGUCUAAUGACAAAGACACCGAAUCUGCUGUUAAGCGUAUCGAAGACGAUUUCUCAUGGCUUCAUUUUGUUUGUAAAGGCGAAAACUCUAAGAACACGGCUAUUAUUCUUGAUUUCAGUGGUCAAAUGAUCGACAACGGUCCUUUUGUUCUUGUUCGCACCGAAGUUGGUUCAUCCAAGUCCAAAGGCAUUAUUUGUCGUGUUACUGUUAAGACCUCAUCCAAUGAUUUAUGUCAGAAACUGAUUCACUCUUUCUUCCGCUAA